GGGGCGUUGUGGCGCUCCUUUCCACUCCCCCGCCAUGUUCUCUUAGCAGCGGAUCUGACCGCUCCGCCAGCGCGCGAAAGCGGACGCUCAGCAGCCGCAUCCCUGCGUCCCGACCCCUUCUCUCCUUCCUUCCCGACCACCGUCUCUCUCUUUCCUCAUCCUCCGGCCAUGGUGACCACCACGGCGCCCUCCCCUUUCCUGGCCCGCCUCCCGCUCGGCGCGGAGGGCGCCCUGCAGCUCCCGGCGGCCUUCUUCUUCCAGCGCCUCCUGAGGGGCGACUACAGCGGCGACGGUGGCCCUGCCCAGGUGGGGCAUGCAGGAGGCGGCGCGCGGCCGGCGCUCAAGCGGGUGAGGCGGCGGAGGGGCAAGCUGCGCGCGGGCGCCGCCUCGGGCCUCGCGCAGAGCCGCUACCAGCAGUACCAGCAGCACCGACGGAGCGCCGCGCAGGAGACGGCGCGCGGACGCCACCAGGCCCAGCCCCCCUCAGAGCCGCGCUUGGAAACAACCCCCACUAAAGAGGCCAGCAAACCCCUCAGGAAAGAAUUGUUCAAAAACAGAUUGGGAAAGUCCGAAAAUCAGCCUGCCCAUGGUAUGCAUCUUUGUGAGCAAUCAAAGACAAGCAGACAGAGGAACAAAUGUAAUAUACCGGUAAACAAAGUCUCAGCUACAAAAAAAGGUGAAAAUAACUUUUGGCAAGAAUCUGUGUCGCCUGAACUCAUUAAAAAGCAGGAAAAGAAGCCCCUGAAGACCACAGAAAAUGUGAAACUGAAAAAAACCAUCUUUCUGACUGAAGCCAGCCAAAAAGCAAACUAUGCUGGGGCAAAAUUUAGUGACCCUCCUUCACCCAGUGUCCUUCCAAAGCCUCCCAGUCACUGGGUAGGAAGCAAUGCUGAAUAUUCUGACCAAAACAAGGAGAUGAUGGCAGUCCAUCUAAAAACUCUGUUAAAAGUCCAAGCCUAGCUCAUGGAUAUUUACAGUGAACGUACUAGGCAUCUGAAACAAACCUUGUUGCAAAAUCAUGUCCAGAAGACUGUCACAUCUUAAAAUCACAAACUUGUCCUCUAUUUUUUAUGGUUGUGUAAAUAGUGUAUAUCAUGUAAUGUGUAUAUUCAUAUUUUGAACUACAUUUUAGUUUUGUUAUGAAAGGAUGUAUUUUACACUGCCCAUGAGGUCAGUGGUUUUGUAUAUAAUAAUGGACAACUUCUCAUGUGCACUCGACAUAUGGAAAGACCUGACAAUGUUUGCACAAGGUACUGAGAUUUUUGUAAAAAUUGUUCAUCUCAAGGUUCAAAAAAAGAAAUGUGAAAAUAUAAGUGAUGCACUAUUGGAACAUUUUUAAAAUUGUUGGCACAAUAUUUCAUUGCAUAAGAAGCUUUCAUAAAAAUUAUGAAUUUGUUUGAAAUUGUUUAUGGAGUUAAAUUCAAUUGCUCCUUGCAAAGAUAAAAUUGGAAUUUGAUUUACAAAACCCCCAAACUUAGCACUGCUUAUUCUCUAGCCAAAGAGGAGCAAGGCUAUCUGCCAGAGAUAAUUGGCUAUUUUUAAAAAACAAAAACAAAAAACAAUUUAAAUAAAACAAUUUGGCCUCCCCUUA